AACUCAACCACAAAGUGUGUAGAACCAAAGUGUUACUAUUUGAAAGAAAAAGCUCAAAGUGUAAUAUUAUCAUCUACCUGCACCCCCUAUGAGGAAUCAGUUAGCUUCUUCUACUCUUUAACUAUGGCUGCCGAUGGCGGAGGGACUCUGUCGGAGCUGUAUCAGAGAUCGCGGCGGUUGUUGUUGAAGACCAGAGAUGAUCUCGAGAGACUCGAGCGGCUCGCCGCUGCCGUUGAUUCGCCGGAACUAUCUGUUGCCGUCCGAAGAGAUAUCUCUCAAAUCCAAACCCUAUGUUCCGAGAUGGACGCUCUUUGGCGAUCUGUUGCAUCAAAACCUCAACGAGAUCUAUGGAAGAGAAAAGUGGAGCAAGUAGCGGAAGAGGCUGAUUCAUUGAGAGAAAGUUUGGAUAGGUAUAUGCAGCGGCAGCAGAGAAGGAUGCAGGAAGCACAAGAGAGGGCGGAAUUGCUUGGUAGAUCUAAUGGUGAAUCGUCUCAUAUUUUGCGAAUUUUUGAUGAGGAAGCACAAGCAAUGCAGUCUGCCCGUAAUUCUUCUAGAAUGUUGGAAGAGGCGACUGCAACUGGAACAGCCAUUCUUGCUAAAUACUCUGAACAAAGGGAGCGCUUAAAGGGUGCUCAACGGAAGGCAUUGGAUGUACUCAACACACUGGGACUAUCAAAUUCUGUAUUGAGGAUAAUUGAGAGGCGAAAUCGAGUUGAUCAAUGGAUUAAAUACGCAGGCAUGAUUCUCACAUUGAUCAUAGUCAUUGCUUUCUUGAGGUGGGCCCGAUGAUCUUUCUUAAUAUUACUAUAAAUAGUCUUUUGUUGUGUCUCACCCUUAUCCGAGAAAGAUUUUUGGUUGUUAAGAGAAAUGUCUCGUAAGAAUUGGACUAGCUUUAUCCUUUUCAAAGAAUUUCUGCUUAGUGUAUGCCCUUUACUCUUUAGUCUCAUGAUUUAAAUGACAGGGUAAAAAGGUUUUGUUUAUGUAAAUAGAAAAAUGAUCGGUAUGUUCAUUUUUGGAUUUGAUCUUUAAUUUUUCAAGAAAUUACAGAUUUGGUUCUAUC